CAUGUGGGUACUGUAUCUCCCCACAGGCCAGGAGUCUUCACUUCUUCCAUCGACUUUUAUGCUUUGAACUCCUUUAAUUGUCGAACAGAACCGACACUGCUUUGUUUAAGCAGACUAGAUGCUGUUUGAAGCCAUGGCCCAGUUGGUAGCCUGGGACUCAGGAGAGAAUAAUUAGCGCUUUUUUUAAAUAAUUUUUUUUGGUUGGCAGUUAGUGUUUUUUGUGAUUUGGGAAGGUGUCAAAGGGGCUAUGCCCUCGAGUUCUGAAGUUCUGGCUGAUGUGGCAAGAGAGAGCCGGAUUGAAGAGUGGAGGAGCAGCCACUUUGUAAGAAUGUCUUCCAAGCAAGCCACCUCUCCAUUUGCCUGUACAGCUGAUGGAGAGGAAACAAUGACCCAGGAUUUGACCUCAAGGGAAAAGGAAGAGGGCAGUGAUCAACAUGCGGCCUCCCAUCUGCCUCUGCACCCCAUAAUGCACAACAAACCUCACUCCGAGGAGCUACCAACGCUUGUCAGUACCAUUCAACAAGAUGCUGACUGGGACAGCGUUCUGUCAUCUCAGCAAAGAAUGGAGUCAGAGAAUAAUAAGUUAUGUUCCCUAUAUUCCUUCCGAAAUACGUCUACCUCACCACAUAAGCCUGACGAAGGGAGUCGGGAUCGCGAGAUAAUGAACAGUGUUACUUUUGGAACCCCGGAACGCCGCAAAGGGAGCCUUGCCGAUGUGGUGGAUACGCUGAAGCAGAAGAAGCUGGAGGAGAUGACUCGGUCUGAACAAGAGGAUUCCUCCUGCAUGGAAAAACUACUUUCAAAAGAUUGGAAGGAAAAAAUGGAAAGACUAAAUACGAGUGAACUUCUUGGAGAAAUCAAAGGUACACCCGAGAGCCUGGCGGAGAAGGAACGACAGCUCUCCACCAUGAUUACCCAGCUCAUCGGCCUGCGGGAGCAGCUCCUGGCAGCGCACGACGAACAGAAAAAGCUGGCAGCCUCACAGAUCGAGAAACAGCGGCAGCAAAUGGACCUUGCUCGCCAACAACAAGAACAGAUCGCAAGACAACAGCAGCAACUUCUUCAGCAGCAGCACAAGAUUAAUCUCCUGCAGCAACAGAUCCAGGUUCAGGGGCACAUGCCUCCGCUCAUGAUCCCAAUUUUUCCACAUGACCAGCGGACCCUGGCAGCAGCUGCUGCCGCCCAACAGGGAUUCCUCUUCCCCCCUGGAAUAACAUACAAGCCAGGUGAUAACUACCCCGUACAGUUCAUUCCGUCAACAAUGGCAGCUGCUGCUGCUUCUGGACUCAGCCCUUUACAGCUCCAGAAGGGUCAUGUCUCCCACCCACAAAUUAACCCAAGGCUAAAGGGCAUAAGUGACCGUUUUGGCAGGAAUUUGGACACCUUUGAACAUGGUGGUGGCCACUCUUACAACCACAAACAGAUUGAGCAGCUCUAUGCCGCUCAGCUGGCCAGCAUGCAGGUGUCACCUGGAGCAAAGAUGCCAUCAACUCCACAGCCACCAAACACAGCAGGGACGGUCUCACCUACUGGGAUAAAAAAUGAAAAGAGAGGGACCAGCCCUGUAACUCAAGUUAAGGAUGAAACAACAGCCCAGCCGCUGAAUCUCUCAUCCAGGCCCAAGACAGCAGAGCCUGUGAAGUCCCCAACAUCUCCCACCCAGAGCCUCUUCCCAGCCAGCAAAACCAGCCCUGUCAACCUGCCAAACAAGAGCAGCAUCCCCAGCCCCAUUGGAGGAAGCCUGGGGAGAGGAUCCUCUUUAGAUAUCCUGUCCAGUCUCAACUCUCCUGCCCUGUUUGGGGACCAGGACACAGUGAUGAAAGCCAUUCAGGAGGCUCGGAAGAUGCGAGAACAGAUCCAGCGGGAGCAGCAACAGCAGCCACACGGGGUUGAUGGGAAACUGUCCUCCAUGAACAACAUGGGGCUGAGCAACUGCAGGAAUGAGAAGGAAAGAACACGUUUUGAGAACUUGGGACCCCAGUUAACAGGGAAGUCAGGUGAAGAUGGGAAGCUGGGCCCAGGCGUCAUCGAUCUUACUCGGCCCGAAGAUAUUGGGGAGUACAAGCAACUGAUGCGCUCCCGGAGGCAGGAGAUGCGACAGUUCUUCACUGUGGGGCAACAGCCUCAGAUUCCCAUCACCACAGGAACAGGUGUUGUGUAUCCUGGUGCUAUUACUAUGGCAACGACCACACCAUCACCUCAGAUGACAUCUGACUGCUCUAGCACCUCUGCCAGCCCAGAGCCCAGCCUCCCUGUCAUCCAGAGCACGUAUGGUAUGAAGAUGGACGGCGCAAGCCUGGCUGGGAACGACAUGAUUAAUGGAGCGGAUGAAAUGGAAGCCUAUGACGACUACGAAGAUGAUCCCAAAUCAGACUAUAGCAGCGAAAAUGAGGCCCCAGAGCCUGUCAGUGCCAACUGAGGAGCUUUUGUUUGCUGAAUUAAAACACUCUGACAUUUCACUCCCUUUCCCCAACAACAACAACCAAGUUCUUAAAGAGCCCGCAUGCAUUUGUGGCUCCACCGUACAUCAGCAGAGUGGUCUUAAUCGCUUUGUAACGUGUGAGACAGAAAAUUACGUUUUCCUGAGUUUUCAUAAACUUGAGUUUUUGUCGUUACCGUUACUGUUGUUGUUUAUUUAGGUGAAGACGUAUUAAAUAUGAGACACCGGGACUUGGAAACUUAUCUCCGCCCAUCGCUGUCUUUCAAGUCUUACAUUUCUGUCUUACUAUUUUUCUUUGGGAUGUUGACAAAGGGUUUAAGUUACUGUUUUAGAUGGGGUUAAACAUUCUCACUCAGGUAUGCUGUGCCGGCUACAGGUUGUGAAUGUGUUUUUAUUCUGAAUUACUUUAGAAAACAACUGAGGAUUUCAUAUUGUGAAACCGGACAAGUCCACGGCAUGUGCGGCUACGUAUAGAACAUGUUCAAAAGGCCUCGGAAUUCCAUUUUUUUUCCAUGUGUAGAAUUCAACUUUGAAUGUGCCAAACCUUUUUCAUAACUUUUGAAUCUUAACUAUUUUGAAAGUCUUACAGGAGACACUGCAAAGUCUUAGACAAUCUUUGGCAUCUUAAAAUAAAAUAGCAAACCACAUUUUUUUUUCCAGAAAAUGGUGAAGUACUCAGGAAUCUGGAGACAAGAUAUUGUAAGGAAUGAGCAAGGCUGCCACAGUGCGUGACCCCAAUUGUGUUUGCCUCUUGACGUGCCAUCAGUGUGUGGUGUGGGAUGACAUGCACCAGAGUGAUCACCACACCAGACACCGACACGGUGGUCUCCCCUGCCUGAGACCACCUUUCACUACAUCCAUUCUCCCCUUGCCUUUCACCCUGACAUUCAAUCUUAACACAUUGUUCUCUUAAAUAAUUUAUUCAUUCCAGAAUGUCAAGGGUCCACUUACUAUUUAUUUUAAAAAUUAUUGGUGGCAUUAAUUUAAUAAUUUUUCUUUUUGCCCUCCUUGCCCUUUCACCUACUUUUCCUGCUGGAUACAAAAGAUGUACAUAGCAAUCUCAUGUCCCCAGAGCCCUGGAAACAUUUCUGAAGUGAUUCUAGUAAAUAUUGUUGUUCUUAAAUAUGAGUGUAUAUCUGGCUGCAGGCUUGUGCAUCUGGGUCAAGGAGUCUUACAUGGAGACAUGUAUGCCCCUGUGAGUCACUGUGACCUCCGUUUCUCCCUCACUCGGUUCUCAGUGAACAGUAGGACCUGAGUUCCAUUCAGCAGUGAAGGUCAGCAGUGGUCACUGCCAGUCAAGGAGCCUCUGGCAGCCACUCUGAAGCCCGAGGGCCAUGGGCCACACGAGGGGUCUACAGUGGAGCUGGCAUGCUGUCCCCUUUACUGAGCAACCUGGUCCCGGCUCCAUCCAUGGAGAUCUUUGCAAAAUUUCCAGGAUGUUAGAAGCCUCAACACAAAGACAAGGCUAAAAGGAAACCACGGGGAGGGGAAGUAUGAGGGUGCUGCUAGCUAGUAGACAGAUGGCUUCUGGGACAGCCCACCAGCUCCUCUGGCGACUUCAUUUCUCAGUGGCUGCUUGUGGGGUGAUCUGCUCUUGUCACUCAAGGGGAGCUCUGGAGACAUGCCACAGGGCUGGAUGUAUUGAGGCUUCCUCUGCCAUCUCCUAACUACAGGCAGUUCUGCUAUGUUGUAACUUUAACCUUCCUGAACCCAGGCCUGGUUGCUUACAGGGAGCCUUACCCAGAGCCCCUCAGUGGGAGCAAGUCAGUGAACAGGACAGCCCAGAAUCUGAGCAUCAGGGCAAAGAAGAGCUCCAUCAAAUUUUUCGAGCCAUUUUGUCACUUGAGAGAAAGUAGUAAAACUUCAUAUUUAUUUCAGGAGUGCUCCAGGCCAUACCUAAUGGCAAUAACUAGGUCUAGCCAAGAGAUGACCGGCUGUGUCAUUAGCUGUGAGCGCUCUCCAGAAGCUGUUUAAGGUACUGAUAGGAAUAUUUGUUCUUAAUAUUGAUUUGGGGAUUGGAACUUUGUUCUUGUACAUUGAUUUCAUAUGAGGAGGAGGAGGUCACUUUUCAAAAACAAAAUGAGUAUUUAUUAUGUCUUACUGAUUGCUUGGACUCUCUGUCUCCUCCUCCACUCCUCCUCAUGUUUCUCCCUCCUCUUUGGCUUCUGCUCUCACUGGUAUGUUCGUUUUCGUUUUGUUUUGCUUUUUUAAAUUGUGCUGCAUAGGUAGAACGUUAUAUGGCUAGUGUUGUAUUGUAUGUAAAUUAAUUUUGCACAAAGGCAAACAUUUAGCAUAGUAGUUAAUUUUGUUUGUUUUUUAUGACCAUGCCAAAAUAAUAUUCUGGGCUGGUGGAGAACAAAGGACUGUUCUUUAAGAUUGAAACUUGAUUUGCUUGUAGAAAAAAAAAAGAAAUAAGAAAGAAAAACAAACAAACAAACAAAAAAACCACACACACUCACAGAUGCUGGUUUCGUAAGUGUUACAAGCACUGGAUAUAAAUGGUAUUUUUAUCACUGACUAAUGUGAAACUGGUAUGGAAACUACAUGAACAAAAGUCAUCUGUUUCGACUCGUGUGGGCUUGCCUCACAGUUGCUGGAUCUGAGUCAUUUUUAUGUCUUGUUAUUUCAUUUAUUUAUGCAAAAUACAUGUGUAUAGGAACUUCUUGUCAGCUCCAGCUCUGCCUCGGCACUGGGUCCAGGAACUUCUAGCCAUGUUCUCAAACACAAAGGCUGUCUGGGAAUGAUCAGUGUGAAUGCCUCUCAUUGGUUUCAGGCAGUGAUGCUGUAUUCUAAUCUAAAUUUUGUGCAUACACAGUUUAUUCUAUUUAUUAGCCACAUUUGGCUCUAAAUAUCCAUGGGAAUGGAGAAUGACAAUCACAGAGAUCACUUACAUCAGUGGGGCUUAAACAAAGUUUUUAUGACUUCACCAUCUCAUUUUUAGAGUUUUCUAAUUGUGUAAAUAUAACAUAGAAAUAGAAUUUAUUUUUGGUUCAUGAAUUCCUAGUGACAUAUAAGUUAUGUGUCUUCUUUCUGUUCUCUAUCCAUAUGUGUUGCUCCACACUAAAAGCUGACCAGUCACAUUUAGUGUGGACAGAGAGCUAUCAGCUCCAGUGAGGCAGUGUUCAUCCUCAGCCAAGACAGCAGGACCCCUACCUGUUCUCAUGUGGUCCAGAACCCACUGGUCCCCCAGCUCAGACUCCCCCCUCUUUCCUUAUAGAAAGCUGAGGAGUUGCACACACUCAGUUUCCAGCAGAGCGAGGAGAAAGUCAGUUUGCUUGUGAAUCCAGAUCCAUCUCCCCAGAUAGUUCUGUGGCCCUGUAAUGGCAAGAAGCGCGAGUUUCAUUUUAGAGGUAAAGAUCUGCCAACAAGAUUAGUAUUAACCUCACAGUACCAGUCAAGGGGGUUCUGAAGUCACCUUCCUGCAACAUUCCCUCUUUUACACUAGCUUUAAAUCAAAACCCAAGUUUGUCUCCAUGAAAGAACUCAUAGGAUCAGGCUUUUCUUUGUCAACUGGAAAUAGUGCUAUUGUUAGACAGUCCUCUUGUUAGUGAAUGGGCUCUAUGGAAGAGGAAAGAAGGAAGAGAGGAAGGACUAACGGGACAGAGAGAGAGAAGGUCCUUCCAUGGACAUGUGAAGCCUGGUUGGCAAUUUCUCUUCCUCACUGGCAAAUUCCAGGCCAUGUUGUUGUUUUCACAAACACUCUCUCAGCCUUUCGGGUUUGCCUCAUUUGGUAUUUGAUACCUUCUAGCCUGUCCUGGGCCUGAAUUCCUUCGCCAAGGCCUGACACAGACUCCCAGGCCAUGUUCUAAAUUCAGGUGUGGGCUCACAGAGCUAUUCUGCUGGUCAAAUGCUGGCCUCCUCUGGCCAGUAGCCCUAUGGGAGCCAGCAGUGCUAAAGAAGGGGCUGAUCCCUCUAGAGCUGAAACCAGGCUUCAGUAAAGCCAGGCUGUAUCUCUAGUCUACAACCUCCUGAGCCCGGAGCUCAGCAAUUAGGGAUGAGCACCUUCCUCAGCUGAAACAUGGCCUGGCCACACUGAUGCCACCCAGGAGGUUGCUGUUCUCUCGUCAUUCAUUUUCAGUAAAUUGACUUUACCAAUUCCUUAGGGAAAGGAAACGAGAAUUCCUUCAUCGUUUUGAGCCAUAGAAGUCCUGUACCAAGUGCCAACAACUGCAAAGAGAUGUGUCUAGAGGAACAGACUGACAUGAUGGCGGGGUCUGCCUCUUACCUAAGAAAGCCUUGCCUGCUGUCCACAUUUCCUCCGAGGACUGGGCUGGCUCUUGGCUCAUUCUGAAAGUAGAAUGACAGUGGUGACCUUACUGGUCUCACUUGCACUGCAUUUUUUUAGGUCCUCUACCCCUGACACGGCUUCUUUGUAAGCAGCUAUUCCUCCUGCCAAUCACAUUGCUUCUGAUGCCACAUGCUCUUGAUCAGGGCUAUGCACAUCAAAAAUAGAUUGAAAAUCAUGAUAUGUAAGCAAAGUUCUUUUUUGCCCCCAUCCCAUCAUUUCCAAACACUUAUAACCUGGCACUGGGGAUGCUGGAGGGCAGAGAUGGAGUGACUGGGGAAGGGCUGAAAAGGUAAGGCUUCCUGCCUGCAGAGUCCCUUCUAUUGACAAAGGAGUUGGAGGCAGGCGGUAGGUGAUGUUUCUUGCUGGUGUCUUAGUUCCACGGAAGUGCAGGCAUAGAGCAGGGCUUCAGUGUGGGCACCCUUGGAGUCUGAGGAAUGUGCAAAUACUACCGUCAUUGCUGCACAUUGCAGGUCUGCUGGUGAGUACCCUCCAUUGUCUUCCUUCCUUCGCCAUAUGUGUGCUUGCUUGCUUGCUCGCUCGCUCGCUCACUCACUUGCUAGCUAGCUCUCUAAUGCGAUCUUCAUUGUGUCCUCCAGCUUGUAGACAUCAGGAUGUUUAGGGCUUGUUCUGGCUCAUUCUUGUAUUUGCCACGUACAAUUUUGAAUUACCCUAUACAAGUCUCUAAGCUGUUACUGCAUAACUUAUCUUUCUGUAACUCUUUUCUUUGCCUACAUUGUAAUUUGUUUGUGAUGUAUAUUGUGAGAUUGUAUUCUAUGUUAAUUUAAUCAGCACAACUCACUGACAUGCUGGACUGACAUGCUGGCUGCUGUUUUGAAGUGUAAAGCUUGUGUAGGGCUGUCCGGACAACUCCAACUCUGUUGUCAAGGUACUGUGCAUUGGUUCCCAUAGCAACACUGUGGGUGUGACCCUUUAGACUCUAGGGAUAUUCAGCACACCCUCCAGCAAAUUUUAAGUGCAGAUUUUCUUUAUUGAAAUUCUAUGAAUACCACAGGUACCUACUUGGCCCAUGGCUGGUAACUAUUUUGGGCAAUUAGAAAAACAAACAAGCAUUAAAAAACUAGUGUCUAUUGCUGCUUUGAAUAUGUUUGAAAGUCUGAAAAUGUAAAUAGUUUAUCAAAAAAAAAUCUUGUACAGUCCAGUGUAAAGUUUUUAAAUGACCUGAAGGGUUACCAUCACAGCUUUCGCACACUCUCCUCUGGAUAGUGAAAAAAAGAAGUUGGCUAAGGACUUAAAGAGAUGGGAAAUUGGAAUCGAAAGGAGCGGCUCACUGCCCUUAGCUUUGUCGCAUACACAGACCUCUUGGAUCUUACUGGACAGUAUUGGCAUGAGACAACCUCAGCAUGGAACACCCUCCAGUGGAACUUCUCCAGGGCUUCCCUGCUCUGCCUCACCGUCAAGGGAAAAGAUGAGAGAGAAAGGCGUGCCGUCUUUGUCCAUCCUGGAAUAUGUUGGCACCUGAGCUACUUUUCCCCCUCUUUGCACAAGGUGCUUUCCUGAUAUGUGUUAGACAUGCCAUCCUUGGGUGAUAAUGUCUAUGCCACGAUGGGGCUCAGCCCGCGGGGGAGUGUCUAUAGGAACUGCCUAUUUAUGCUCAUUUACCUCAAGACUGUCCUCUACCCUGAACUAGCUGUCAUCACUCCAUCUUUUGUACUGCUGUUGACACUUACCAAUUAAAGAUAAAUUUUGUUUUAUGA